GCAGCGAACACCCCAAACAAUCCCCAGCGCCGCCGCCAAAUUAAAUAACCUGCCCGCGCCCCGCGCCCUCCCCAGCCCCCCCUCCGCGGCCAAGUCUUCGGGCCGGGUCGGACCGGACGCGCAACCGGCAGCCGGGACGGGGAUAUAGGACCGAAGCUACGAGCCUGGGCCUGCUCUCUGCCUACGCCGACACUGGGCAAGAAGUUGUCCACUACAAAGGAAGAAGGAAAAGUAAGCUUGUACUUCAGACUGGUUUUUGAAUAUCUUUCUAAUACAGUGGUGUUCCAGAAGAUGAUAAAGAAAUGAUAGCAGCUCCAGAAAUACCAACUGAUUUUACUCUCCUUCAGGAGUCUGAAACACACUUCUCUUCCGAUACAGACUUUGAGGAUAUUGAAGGAAAAAACCAAAAACAAGGCAAAGGAAAAACCUGUAAAAAAGGAAAAAAAGGACCAGCAGAGAAGGGGAAAGGUGGAAACGGAGGAGGGAAGCCUGGUGGUCCAAAUCGGAUGAAUGGACAUCAUCAACAGAAUGGUGUGGAAAACAUGAUGCUGUUUGAGGUAGUUAAAAUGGGCAAGAGUGCUAUGCAGUCUGUAGUGGAUGACUGGAUAGAGUCAUACAAACAUGACAGAGAUAUAGCACUUCUUGAUCUCAUUAACUUCUUUAUUCAGUGUUCAGGCUGCAAAGGAGUUGUUACAGCAGAGAUGUUCCGACAUAUGCAGAAUUCUGAAAUAAUCCGAAAAAUGACUGAAGAAUUUGAUGAGGAUAGUGGAGAUUAUCCACUAACUAUGGCUGGUCCCCAGUGGAAGAAGUUCAAAUCCAGUUUUUGUGAGUUCAUUGGAGUACUUGUCCGACAAUGUCAGUAUAGCAUCAUAUAUGAUGAAUAUAUGAUGGAUACUGUCAUUUCACUGCUUACGGGGCUGUCAGACUCCCAAGUCAGAGCAUUUCGGCACACUAGCACCCUGGCAGCCAUGAAGUUGAUGACUGCUUUAGUGAAUGUGGCAUUAAAUCUUAGUAUUAACAUGGACAACACACAACGGCAGUAUGAAGCAGAACGAAAUAAAAUAAUUGGGAAACGAGCUAAUGAUAGGCUGGAACUCUUACUACAAAAAAGAAAGGAGCUUCAGGAGAAUCAGGAUGAAAUAGAAAACAUGAUGAAUGCAAUAUUUAAAGGUGUUUUUGUGCAUAGAUACCGAGAUGCAAUUGCUGAAAUAAGAGCUAUCUGUAUUGAAGAGAUUGGAAUAUGGAUGAAGAUGUACAGUGAUGCCUUUCUCAAUGACAGCUACUUAAAAUAUGUAGGGUGGACUAUGCAUGAUAAGCAAGGGGAAGUAAGACUCAAAUGCCUAACUGCUUUGCAAGGGCUUUACUAUAAUAAAGAGCUUAAUUCCAAAUUGGAACUCUUCACGAGCCGGUUCAAGGAUAGAAUUGUGUCUAUGACUCUUGACAAAGAAUAUGAUGUUGCAGUCCAAGCAAUAAAAUUACUCACUCUUGUUUUACAGAGUAGUGAAGAAGUUCUGACUGCUGAAGACUGUGAAAAUGUCUACCAUCUGGUUUAUUCAGCUCAUCGGCCAGUAGCAGUUGCUGCAGGGGAAUUUCUUUAUAAAAAGCUUUUCAGCCGCAGAGAUCCUGAAGAUGAUGGAAUACUAAAAAGGAGGGGAAGACAAAGUCCGAAUGCUAAUCUUGUGAAGACAUUAGUGUUUUUCUUUUUGGAAAGUGAAUUGCAUGAACAUGCUGCUUAUCUUGUGGACAGCAUGUGGGACUGUGCAACAGACCUCUUGAAGGACUGGGAAUGUAUGAACAGUCUUCUGUUGGAGGAGCCUCUCAAUGGAGAAGAACCUUUAACGGAUAGACAGGAGAGCGCACUGAUUGAAAUAAUGCUUUGUACCAUUCGGCAAGCAGCUGAAUGUCAUCCUCCUGUGGGAAGAGGAACAGGGAAAAGGGUGCUGACAGCAAAGGAAAAGAAAACCCAGUUGGAUGACAGGACAAAAAUUACUGAACUUUUUGCCGUGGCACUUCCUCAGUUGCUAGCAAAGUAUUCUGUAGAUGCAGAAAAAGUCACCAACUUACUGCAGUUGCCACAGUACUUUGAUUUGGAAAUUUACACAACAGGGCGAUUAGAAAAGCAUUUAGAUGCCUUACUGCGACAAAUCCGGGAUAUUGUGGAGAAGCACACAGAUAUAGAUGUUUUGGAAGCCUGUUCAAAAACAUACCAUGCUCUCUGUAAUGAAGAAUUCACAAUCUUUAACAGGGUUGACAUUGCAAGAAGUCAGUUAAUAGAUGAGUUGGCAGACAAGUUUAAUCGACUUCUUGAAGACUUCCUGCAAGAGGGGGAGGAACCUGAUGAAGAUGAUGCAUAUCAAGUCUUGUCAACUCUGAAGAGAAUCACUGCUUUCCACAAUGCUCAUGACCUAUCACGAUGGGACUUGUUUGGCUGCAAUUACAAGUUACUGAAAACUGGCAUUGAAAAUGGAGACAUGCCAGAACAGAUUGUUAUUCAUGCACUGCAGUGUACUCAUUAUGUAAUCCUUUGGCAGCUAGCAAAAGUUACUGAAAGUAGUUCCACAAAGGAGGAUCUUCUAUGUCUAAAGAAACAGAUGAGAGUGUUCUGUCAAAUCUGUCAACACUACCUGACCAACGUAAACACUGCUGUUAAGGAACAGGCUUUCACAAUUCUCUGUGAUGUGUUGAUGAUCUUCAGUCAUCAGAUUAUGACAGGAGGACGUGACAUGUUGGAGCCACUUGUUUACACUCCUGAUUCUUCAUUGCAAUCUGAACUACUCAGUUUUAUUUUAGAUCAUGUCUUCAUUGAUCAGGAUGAUGAUAAUAAUAGUGCAGAUGGACAGCAGGAUGAUGAAGCUAGCAAAAUUGAAGCAUUGCACAAAAGAAGAAAUCUACUUGCAGCUUUCUGUAAACUCAUUGUAUAUACUGUGGUGGAAAUGAAUACAGCUGCAGACAUUUUCAAGCAAUAUAUGAAGUAUUACAAUGACUAUGGUGAUAUUAUUAAAGAAACAAUGAGUAAAACAAGACAGAUAGACAAAAUCCAGUGUGCUAAAACACUUAUUCUUAGCUUGCAGCAGCUUUUCAAUGAAAUGAUUCAAGAAAAUGGUUAUAAUUUUGACAGAUCAUCGCCAACGUUCAGUGGCAUAAAGGAACUUGCUCGACGUUUUGCUUUAACAUUUGGACUGGAUCAGUUGAAAACAAGAGAAGCUAUUGCUAUGUUACACAAGGAUGGCAUAGAAUUUGCUUUUAAGGAGCCUAAUCCACAAGGUGAGAGCCAGCCACCAUUGAAUUUGGCAUUUCUUGAUAUUCUGAGUGAGUUCUCCUCCAAACUUCUCAGACAAGACAAAAGAACAGUGUAUGUUUACUUGGAGAAGUUUAUGACCUUUCAGAUGUCUCUACGGAGAGAAGAUGUGUGGCUUCCUCUCAUGUCCUACCGAAACUCUUUAUUAGCUGGUGGGGAUGAUGAUACUAUGUCAGUGAUUAGUGGAAUUAGUAGUCGAGGAUCUACAGUCAGAAAUAAGAAGACAAAGCCAGCAACAGGGAAACGGAAAGUACCUGAAGCUGAAGAAAGCAGCAGUAGUGACAGUAUGUGGCUGAACAGGGAGCAGACAAUGCACACACCAGUCAUGAUGCAGACACCUCAGCUUACUUCCACAAUAAUGAGGGAGCCCAAGAGAUUGCGACCUGAAGAAAAUUACAUGGGAGUCUAUCCUAUGCAGCCCGAACACCACCAAGCUCCGCUCGAUUACAACACGCAAGUAACGUGGAUGUUGGCUCAAAGGCAACAGGAAGAAGCCGCGCGGCAGCAACAGGAGAGGGCAGCGAUGAACUACGUCAAGCUGAGAACCAACUUGCAACAUGCUAUUCGACGUGGCACAAGUCUAAUGGAAGAUGAUGAAGAGCCAAUUGUUGAAGAUGUGAUGAUGUCAUCAGAAGGGCGGAUUGAAGAUCUCAAUGAAGGCAUGGAUUUUGACACCAUGGACAUAGACCUACCACCGUCAAAGAACAGGAGAGAAAGAACGGAACUAAAACCAGAUUUCUUUGACCCCGCUUCAAUCAUGGAUGAAUCGCUUUACUGUUAGCUCUAGGUAUCUUUCCUAUAUACUUUAUUUCUCAUGGAUCAUCCCCACGAGAGCCCAGGACUUGGUAGGCUGCAGUGUGGGAGUGUCACCACCUGAUGGCAGCAGGUUACAGCCACAUUUUCUGCGAGCUUUUGGAGCCAGUCCUGAGAGCCCAGCGGUGCCUGCCUCACUGUGCCGGCACAACCGGCGGCAUCAGACUGUUCCUCUCCGAGGAGCGAGCAGUGGAGCACUGAAAAAUGAGUUGGUACGGUCAAGGGGGCACCGACUAGCAAACCUUGCUCCCAGGCAGGGUGCAUCAAGGGUGGGGAUCCUGGAAGCAGGACUGCAGAAAACAGCUGUACCGCAGAACACAGCUGCUCUUUAGCAUAAACCCCCACCUAAAUGAAUUGGGGGCAGCUCUGAUAACAGUUUAGGAGACAACAUGAAUCCGUAUUUAAUCAGAGCUUAAUUUAUCAAUCAGUAUUUUAUAUGUAAGAAUUUUUGAAUAAUUUCAUAAGUGAAAAAAUUUCUCUGAAUAAAGUUACUUUGCUUUAUUCAUAUAAUUUAUUUCAGAAGUCCAUUAUUGUUUGAGUUCUUGCACUUGUUUUUAAUAGAAAUAGACAUAAUAAAGCUGUUUAUUUAUUCAGGUGCACAUGAUUUAUGGUCAGAAUUUUAGUGUAUCAUCUCAUUUUUUGAUGUGUCCAGCUAUUGCUGGCACCAGAGGCAGUUGUGUCUUAGUGUGCUGUAUUGUAUGAUGCAUCUAAAGUGAAUUUGAUACCAAGAACAGUAAAAACUGGUUUGUCAACAGAUAAAUGUGAACAGCAGUGUUAAGGUUCAGGAAAAUUAAGUCUCUCAUGGCUCUCUCUGAUUUUAUAAAGUCUUGUAAAAGCUAAGACAGUCACAAGAUCUGGAUCUCCUGGGGUUUUGGGUGGGUUUUUUUGGCACAUCAGUUGUGGUGCCUAUUUCCAUUGGCAUAGAGAAUUAUAUGGCAUGCUCCCACAUGGGAAAUGGAAACUGAUUCUUUGUUUCAGGAAAGCUUUUUCUUCACUUAAUCACACAGUCUCCUGAAGGACAGUAUUUCGAUUUUACCUGAUUAUUGUUUGAUUUUUUGCUGUCUUCCUGACAGAGUUGAUAUAUUUAAUAGGAAAUACUAAGUUUGUGUCCUGGCUGUGGCUGUGGGUUUUUACAAAUGCAGCAGCAGCAGCCAGUGCAUAGAGUGUUUCUCCCAAGGCUUAGUUACUGGAAACUACACUGUUGUUUUCAAGCUAAGGCCUGUAGAAUGCUAUUGUCAAAGAACUCUUAAGUUAGACAACUUAAUAAAAAUUAUUUUGCAAUUAUUAUCUAAAAUAUUUAAAGCACAGUCUUUAUCACAUUCCGACUGGAUAUAAUUAAUUUCAAGUGUGGGGGAAGUAUUUUCUAAUGAAUGAGGUGCCCUUUUCAUAUUAUUACAUAAAUCAGAAGUGUGGUCAAUCUGGUUUGAAAGAAAAUAAAGUUAUAAUGCCUUAACUUAUCUUGAAGUGUCUUAAUCUUAAAUCAUAUACUAAUUGCUUUGUUUUUGUUAAAUGUGUAGUAGACUACAAAUUGACACCAUUUCUAACUUUUUUUUUAGGUUCUUGGGGUGUCAAUGUUUUAAUACCAGAGCAGCAAAUAAAUCAGUGGUGAAGUCAUUUUCUAAGUGGAAGAGGAAGUUUUUCAUUACAAAAUUGUGGUAGAUACAGUGAAAUUCUGAACAGAUUUUUCUCUAAGGAGAAUGACAUGCUUUCAAGAUCAAGUGCAUUGAAGGGGCAGUUUUGUUUGCCUGAAAAAAAAGAAAUGUAAAGGACAAGUAAACAAUUAGAGGAUAAGCUACACUUUUUGUUGGGAAAAAAUAAUCAAUAUUUUAUUUAUGUGCUAUCAGUUUAUUUCUGGAUCAUAAGAAGUACUCCCUCUUGAGUUUUAAUCUAACAGUCUGAGAGGUGUUUGGUACAGAUUUGAGCCCCUCUCUAUACACUUGCUGGCUAUACUAUAAAUAAUCAUGAGGUCUGCUGGAUUGCUGUUUACAUCUAUGAACUGAAAUGAUAGAUGGAUUGGUUUUCUUACAGUAGUAGAACCAGAGGAGUGUCAGUAUUUUAAAUUAAAUGCAAACUUCGGCAACAGAAGGUUUGUAUUACUUAAUCAUGGACAAAAUUACAUAAAGCAGAAUUUUAACAGCUUUUUAGUCUAAAACACACUUUUAUUCCAAAAGCUUCAUGCUAGCCUUCUCAGAAAGGUCCAUAAACUAUGAACUACCAGAAGGUAACAGAUCUCAGUCAUGCUUGCCCAUUACCAACCCUGAAAGUUUGCUUGUCCUUUAAGAAAAAUGUAAUGUUGUGAAAUUCCUUCCAGUAGUGCCACUGUAUUUUGUUUCCAAAUAAAAGAAGCUUAUUGUAGUAUGUUUGCAGAAAAAUUCUAAACAAAAAUUAUACAGCUUAUUAGAGUGUGGGAAUAGGGAUCUAAAUUUUAAAUAAAAUUAUAUAUAUAUAUAAAUUGGUGCUGAUUUUAUAAUUGCGCAGUUUGUUUAGUUUUUUCUUACUUUUAAAUUCCAACUUAAAAUUAUGAGGUUUCAGAAAUAUAUUGAAAGUUUAACAAUGUUUAAAAAUAGAAGAGCAUGAGAAUUCAUGCUUUAAAAAUGAUUUUUAAAUUUGUAUUUUAUAUUGUUUUAUCUAUCUGUCUUUGCAAGCAGUCUUCAGGUUAAAGAUACUUCUAACAGGUUACAGUACAUUUCCUCUGUAUGUAAAUUAGAUUGGAUAAUAGAAAUUCAUAAACAACCCAUAAUAUUCUUUAAAAGCUAAGCUUUAAACUUCAUUUUGUGUCCAUUCACAAAUAAAUUAAAUUUGGUCUAAAACAGAAAGUGGAUCUAUACCAUUUUGACAUCGACUCAUUUGCAAGGCUUAGGCAGCUAGACAUCAUUUUAAAGGAAAUAUUAACUUAUAUUACAUAUGUAUAUUUUUUGUCAGUUGUCUCUCAGUUCUCGAGGUAUAUUAUUUUAAUCAUUCCAUGCCUUAAUAUGCUUGCAAUACAAGAAUCUCCCCAAAUGGGUGAAUACAAAAAGGCUUCCUGUUUUUAGACUCAGAAAUUAAACAUUCGGCUGUGGUAGCCAAAAACCAUAGAUUAUCUAAAGGAUCAUGAUAAAAUAUAAUUAUUUUACUAAGUCAUGGGGUAACAACAAACUCAAAACUAGAUCUGCCUAACUCAUUUUACGUAAAUAAAUACUCAUGUCUAAAAGUACUGCCUAUAUUGUUUUUCACACCACUGCAUUUAAUAGAACUGCUGAGAGGACUGUAUAUAUGAUUUUAAACUUAAGUUGAUUUUUCUUACUCUUGAAGGAGUGUUUCCUUGUGAAAGCAGUUCUUACAGCUUUGUUUUCAACCAGCUAAAAAUGUUUUAUAUAUUUACCUUAACCUGUUGUCCUCCACAUUCUAUUGUCCUAAUUGUACUGUUUUCUGAUUUGUAUUUAUGUCUUGAGACAGUAACUUUUUGAAUAAAAAUAAACCUACAGUA